AUGUUGGCUAACAAUGAUUGGAAUCUUGAUAGGAAAGUGUCAACUCUUACUAUGGAUAAUUGCACCACAAAUGAUGCAAUUAUCAGGAUAUUAUUAGAGAAACUUCCUCUAAAAUCACUAAUGAUGAAUGGUGAUUUGUUUUAUAUGCGUUGCUGCGCACAUAUUCUCAAUCUUAUUGUCCAAGAUGGCUUAUCUCUCAUUAAAUUUGAGAUUGAGAGAAUCAGAGAGAGUGUUGCAUUUUGGUCUGCAUCACCAAAGAGGGAGCAAAAUUUUGUGAUAGCAGCAGAACAUUUGGGAAUACCAUACUCAAAGAAGUUGAUACUUGACUGCAAGACACGGUGGAACUCUACAUUCUUGAUGUUGAGUGUUGCUAUAAGCUACAAAGAGGUUUUCGAUCGGGUAAAGACAAGAGACUCGAAGUAUACAUGUUUUCCUACAGAAAAGGAUUGGGAGUUGGCUAGUGAGAUUUGUGAAAGAUUACAACUUUUUUAUGAGGUGACUGUUAUGCUCUUUGGUUUAAAGUAUCCUACAGCUAAUGUUUUCUUUCCUUUGAUAUGUGAUAUUGGGUAUUCUUUGCGUGAGUGGACGAAAUCUCCUAUUGAGGAGAUUAAGAUGAUGGCUGACCAAAUGGUUUCUAAGUUUAAUAAGUAUUGGUCUGUAAUUCAUGGGAUAAUGGGAAUGGCAGCGGUUUUAGAUCCACGAUACAAAUUAAAGUUUGUGGAGUUACUUUUUCCUGUGCUUUAUGGAGAAGAAAAGGCAAAGAUUGAAUUUCAAAAUUUGGAGGCGUUUGUCCAAACUUUGUUUCAAGAGUACGAGUCAAGUAAUGCAUCUAAAAAAAGGAAGAGUGAAGGUUUUUAUGGUGGUUCAGUUCCUGGUUCAUCUUCAUUUGGUUCUAGUAUCUCUUCCGGUCAUCGUGUUGGAUUCAAAAAGCUCUUAUCGGAUAUUGCUUCUAUUACUAGAGAUGAUGAUGAAUCAGGAGGUAUGAGUGAGUUAGAUAACUACUUGAAGGAGAAAUUGUUGCCUAAAGAUAUGGAACUUGAUUUGUUGGCAUGGUGGAAAACAAAUGGGAUUAAGUACCCGACACUACAAAGGAUAGCUAAAGAUAUAUUAGCUAUUCUUGUUUCCACUGUUGCCUCGGAAUCAGCUUUCAGCACUAGUGGAAGAUUAGUAAGUCCUCAUCGUAGUCGACUUCAUCCAAAGACAUUGGAGGCUUUAAUGUGUGCUCAAAGUUGGUUAUUGAAUGAAAUUCGAGCAACUUGUUCUGAAGAGACCGAGGCAUAUUGUCGUUCUGUUGAAUUUGAUUAUGAUGUGGAAGAGGAAAACACUAAAGAAAGCGGGACAACAAGUUUGGAUGAUUUUGUUUGAUUUUGAGUUUGUAACUUUGUUUUAAUGUUAAUUGGUAAUGUAUUAUUGUGAUGAAUUAGUUUUUCAUGUUGUGUACUUGGAUGUUUUGGUUGGUUGGUUGAUGUUACAAUAUUAGACUAUUAGUAAUUUCUAUUUGGUUAAAU